UUUGGGUGAACCCCGUAGCAAUCUCUAGAGUGUUCUCGGGCUAUAUAGAGAAUCCCCGAAUAUUUCCAAAAUUAGUAAUUUCUGGAAAUUACACGAUGAUUCUUCCAUCUAGUUUAUAUACCCGUCGCCUGCGAAGCAGGUUAUUCACACUAAGCAUUGAGAGUAAUUAGCAAUUACAUUCCAUUCUAUUCUCAAUUUACAGAGUUCUAAAAUCUUCAUCAAAAUGUCGCUGAUUCCAAGUUUCUUUGGUGGCCGAAGGAGCAACGUUUUCGAUCCAUUCUCCCUUGAUGUUUGGGAUCCCUUUAAGGAUUUUUCAUUUCCCAAUUCUGCACUUUCUGCUUCUUCAUUUCCUCAGGAGAAUUCUGCUUUUGUGAGCACCAGGAUUGAUUGGAAGGAGACCCCAGAAGCACACGUGUUUAAAGCUGAUCUUCCUGGACUGAAGAAGGAAGAAGUGAAGGUUGAAAUUGAAGAUGACAGAGUUCUUCAGAUUAGUGGAGAGAGGAACGUUGAGAAAGAAGACAAGAACAACCAAUGGCAUCGCGUGGAGCGUAGCAGUGGAAAGUUUAUGAGGAGGUUCAGAUUGCCCGAAAAUGCCAAGAUGGAUCAGGUGAAAGCUGCAAUGGAGAAUGGUGUUCUCACUGUAACUGUUCCAAAAGAAGAAGUUAAGAAACCUGAUGUUAAGUCUAUUGAGAUCUCUGGUUGAACUUUCUAAGAAUGAGUUCUGUCAUUAUGUUGCUUUAAAUAUUCGUGUACUCAGAGUUUGGCUUUAAUGCUUACCUUGUGUGAUGUGUGAGUUGUUAUCAUAUCAUAUGUGAAAUGUUGAUGCAUAAAUAAAUAAUUAGUUCUUGUUCUUCAAACAGUUGCGAUUCACUUGUAUUUCCCUUGGAAAAUUAAUUUGAGAUGUUGUUUGCAUUCCCAGUAUGGAA